GCUCGCAGCCAGCUCGGCAGCGCUCGCAGCAACUGCGCUGGCUAGCACAAGCAUAGCGCAAGAGCCGCCUGCUGAUAUAUCGUGGCGGGCUGGCCCAGCCACACCCAGCCACGCAUCUGUGCCUUCCUCCGGCACGUACCUCGGCCCUGGCCGCCUGCCGGCACCCGCCCCACUGCCCCUCAACCCGCCCCUGCCCACCGACAAGCUCAGCUGCAAGGCAGCUUCCACGCAGCCCCGCACCCCCGUGGUGCUGGUGGCUGCCGGCAGCUUCAACCCCCCUACCGUGAUGCAUCUGCGGAUGGCGGAGCUGGCGGCAGAUGAGUUGCUGCGGCGAGGGUACGACGUGUGGGGCGUGUACUUCUCCCCCGUGGCUGACUCGUACGGCAAGGCAGGACUGGCGCCCGCCGCUGACCGAGUGGCCAUGUGCCGCCUUGCCGCCGCCGCAACCUCCACCGCCGCCACUUCAGCUGUCGUGCGCGAGGGCGCGCAUGUGAGCGGCAGCGGCGGCGGCGGCAGCAAAGGUUAUGGCGGCAGCGGCGGCGGUGGUGGGCACGGGAGCUCGGGAGUGGGUGGGAGAGACGGCGCAGGCCCCGUGGCGCCGCUACCCGCUGGCGGCGGCUCAGAAGCGAUCCAGCCACGUCCGCAGCUGCAGCAGCUACAGCCGCCGCCGUCACAGCAGCACCAGUUACUGCCACAGCAACCGCAGCUGCAGCUACAGCCGUCAAAGCUGCAGCCGCUGCUACUGCCGGACCCAGAGCCGGACCUGGUGAUGGUGGACGGGUGGGAGGCGGCGCAGCCGGGUUACACACGAACCCUGGCGGUGCUGCGACGAGUGGAGGGGGAGCUGAGGGCCUGGCUGCUGCAGGCGGCGGGGGCAGCAGGCGCAGGCACAGGGCCGGAGGCGGCGGAGGCGGCGGAGGCGGAGGAGCAGGAGGGGCAGCGGCCGCCACCAGCCGUGGGAGGCGGUGUCCAGGCAGCGCAGGCGGGGGGGCCGGGGCAGGGGCAGGGGCAGGCGCGGGCCAGCACAGGAGUGGUUCAACAGCAGCAGGAUCGGCAGGAUCGGCAGCAGCAGCAGGAGAGGCCGGUCCGGGCAAUGCUGCUGUGCGGGGCGGACGUGCUCGCCUCCAUGGCCAGCCCGGGCGUGUGGCGCAACCCGGACGUCAUCCUGCGCGAGCACGGCGUGGUGUGUAUUGCACGCGCCGGCAGCCCCCUCGACGGCCUGCUGUCGACCCCGGGGAACGUGCUGCACGACCACCGGGACCGUGUCGUACUGGUGUACGACCACGUGGGCAACAGCAUCAGCUCGUCCGCCGUACGGGCCGAGCUGGCGGCUGGCCGACCCGUACGGCACCUGCUGCCGGCGGGCGUGGCGGCGUACAUACACGCCAGGGGGCUGUACAGCAGUACGGGCACGGGCACGGGCAUGCGUGGUGGUGAUCGUGUGGGUGGUGGUGGUGGUGGUGGCGAAGGCGGCGGCGUGGAGGGGGCGGGUGGUCGCAUGGCGGUGGGUGCUGGCGCGGCAGGGCGCAGCGGCGGCGGGCUGGCGGGGCGCGCGGGCAGCCUCGAGGUGAUUGUGUGAGCGGCAAGUUGGAAGGAGGCUGGCGGCUGUUGGCUACCGGUGGCUACCGGGACAGUGUUGAGGCAGGUUGAUGAAAUCCCGUAGGGUAAUUCCCAGACCCCAGCAGGCUACCGGUGGUAUGUCGCUGCGAAGCUGACCCUUGCGUAGCUCCAAUCAGUCAGCUGCAGGGGGGCUACGGACACACAUCAUGGCCCCCAUGCCCCGAAACGUCCCGUAUCGGUGACGUUGGCAAUCAAGAGACUUUGAUGAAGUGCCUUGGCUAGUCCACGGGUUGUCUGUGAAAUAGGGCGAGCCAUCGCGCUGCCGAGCCUGGGAGGCUGAAGUGCUGAACUAAACGUUCCGCCCACGUCCCGACCGUCGACCG